UUCACUCACUUGGCCACUAUAAAUACCAGACAUAUAUGUAUGUUCUUCGAUCACGGCGCCAUAACACCAUAAGAUAAGAACAUAUAUAUUAAACACGAAAUCCUACUACUACUAAUUAAUCGCUUUACUUCAGGAUGGGAAAGUCAAUUCAGUUGUAUGGAUUUCCUUCAGUUGAAAAUGGGAAACAAGUGAAGAGUUUUCUGGAGAAAUACACAGGAGAAGGAACUGUAUAUGCUGUUGAGAUUGGACAGUACAGCAUCAAGUCAAGGGAACAUGCUAAGGUUCAAUUCACGGACACUGAGAGUGCUGAAACCAUACUGUCCAUGGCUGAGGAUCAAGAGCUUUGGUACAAAGAUUCGUAUCUAAAAGCCCGGGAGCUGAACACUGAUAUCAUUGCAAGGCCAAAAGAAUUCCCACACGGCAUCAUCAGUGACAUAACACUGCACUUGGGAUGUCAGGUUGCAGAGGAUCAGUUUUCUUCUCUUUGGAAAAGGAAGAAUGUUUGUGUGAAAUUCGGAAUCGGUCUCCGAAAGCUCUACUUCUUUUUCACUUACUGUUGUGUUGAUUACAAACUGGAGCUUUCCUUUGAGAAUAUUUGGCAGAUGGAGCUGCAUCUUCCAUUGGGGAAAACUACCAAGUUUCUUGUCCUCCAGUUGGUUGGCGCCCCAAAGAUUUUUAUUAAAGAUGCUUCUGUUGUGAACUACUACAAGGAUGUUCCUGAUAGCUGUUGGAUCAGGCAUAUUGAUUUCACCCCAUCAGGCUGCAUCGGCCAGUCAUCUGCUUUAUGCUUGGAGAUUCCAAGCAAGCAUCGCCUUCCGAAUUUUCGUGACGGCUUUGUUUACUACAAAGAAGUUGAGGGCCAAUUCUCCACGGUGAAAGGUUCACCUUUCUCUUCUAGUUCAGACCUUGUUCCCAUUGUGGUUCCACCUAUCGACUUGCCAUACAAGAUUUUGUUUAAGAUAAACUCCUUGGUUCAGCAUGGAUGUCUUCCUGGGGAGGCACUUGAUGACAAGUUUUAUCGGUUAGUGGAUCCCACUAGAAUAAAGAUUGAAUACAUAGAGUCUGCACUUGACAAACUUUAUCAGUUGAAAGACUGCUGCUACAAUCCACUGAGAUGGCUCAAGAGCCAAUACAUGAGCUACAGGACUGGGGUGCAAGUUCCUAAAAUGCCUACUAUUGCUGUAGAUGGUGGACUUGUGUAUGUACACAGAGUUCAAGUAACACCUUCAAAAGUCUACUUCUGUGGUCCUGAACUGAAUCUCUCGAAUCGUGUGUUGCGCAAUUAUGCAAAGGAUAUUGACAACUUUCUUCGUGUCUCUUUCGUUGACGAGGACUUCAGUAGAAUGAGCUCAACAGAUUUGUGUACACGCCAAAAGUCUAGAAAAGAAGGAACACGAACAAGAGUUUAUGAUAGGAUACUUUCUGUUUUGAAUGAUGGUAUAGUUAUUGGUGAAAAGAGGUUUGAGUUUCUUGGCUUCUCAGCAAGUCAGUUGCGAGAUAACUCAGUUUGGAUGUUUGCUUCAAGAGAAGGCCUUACGGCUGAAAAUAUUAGGAGAUGGAUGGGUGACUUUUCUGGCAUUCGAAAUGUGGCAAAAUAUGCUGCUAGGCUGGGCCAAUCUUUUGGCUCUUCAAGGGAAACAUUGAGUGUUGGUUGGCAUGAAAUUGAGUUGAUUCCUGAUAUUGAAGUGGAAACAGGUGGACAUAGAUACUGUUUCUCUGAUGGGAUUGGGAAAAUAUCUGAAGAAUUUGCUGAUCAAGUGGCGAAAAAAUGUGGUCUUAACAGGUUCACUCCAUCAGCCUUUCAAAUUCGUAUAGGUGGGAAUAAGGGUGUUGUAGCUGUUGAUCCUGAGUCUCAUAUGAAAUUGUCACUAAGAGCCAGCAUGUGCAAGUACAAGUCAGAGAACAAGAAACUAGAUGUCUUGGCAUGGAGCAAGUACCAGCCAUGUUUCCUGAAUCGCCAGUUGAUUUCCCUUCUGUCAACUCUUGGAGUAAAGGAUCAUGUUUUUGACCAGAAGCAAACGGAGGCAGUGAGACGGCUUGAUUCUAUUUUGACCGAUCCUAUAAGAGCUCAGGAUGAGUUGGAGCUGAUUUCACCUGGAGAAAUCACAAACAUUCUAAAGGAAAUGCUCAUGUGCGGUUAUAAGCCAGAUGAAGAGCCUUUUCUCUCAAUGAUGCUGCACACUUUUCGCGCUUCUAAGUUGCUCGAAAUCCGAACCAAAACAAGGAUACAUAUCCCAAAUGGAAGAGCUUUGAUGGGAUGUUUGGAUGAAACUGGGACACUAGAAUAUGGUCAGGUGUUUGUGCAGUGUUCUACAAGGCAACUCUUUGACAAUUCCUCCCUUGUCUAUUUCAACUGCCAUUCAGGCCAAUCGACCUUUAUUGUUGACAAAAAGGUUGUUGUUGCCAAGAAUCCUUGCCUACAUCCAGGUGAUAUUCGAGUCCUUCAAGCGGUGGAUGUGCCAGCAUUGCAUCACAUGGUGGAUUGUGUUGUUUUCCCUCAGAAAGGAGAGAGACCUCACACUGAUGAAUGCUCUGGGAGUGAUUUGGAUGGAGACAUAUACUUUGUUUGUUGGGACCAUGAGCUUAUUCCUCCUCAGCAGUUCCAAGCCAUGGAUUAUACUUCAGCACAACCUAUACAUUUGGAUCAUGAUGUUACAAUGAAGGAAGUUCGGGAGUAUUUCACAGACUACAUUGUCAAUGACAGCUUAGGAAUCAUUGCAAAUGCACAUACAGUUUUUGCUGAUAAAGAGCCAAAGAAAGCUAAAAGCAACCAAUGCAUUGAGCUAGCAAAGCUAUUCUCAAUUGCUGUGGACUUCCCUAAAACCGGUGUGCCUGCGAAAAUUCCAAGCCGUCUGCGUGCCAAAGAAUAUCCAGACUUCAUGGAAAAGCCAGACAAGUCAUCUUAUGAAUCAAAACAUGUCAUUGGGAAGCUCUUUCGACAGGUGAAGGAUGUAGAAAAUCACUCAAGCUCCAUAAAAUCCUUCACUAAGGAAGUAGCCAUGAGGUGUUAUGACUCUGAUAUGGAGGUAGAUGGUUUUGAGGAUUACGUAUCAGAUGCACUGACUCACAAGAUUCAGUAUGACUACAAGUUGGGAAGCUUGAUGGAUUACUACGACAUCGAAACUGAAGCUGAAAUACUCAGUGGCAAUGUUCUUACAAAGUCAAGGCACUUUAACAAGAAAAGGGACUUGGAAUCAGCUAACUAUGCUGUGAGAGCUCUUAUAAAAGAAGCUAGAGCCUGGUUCUACAACCCUGAAAGUGAUGAUGACUUGUAUGCCAAGAAAGCUUCGGCUUGGUACUUUGUCACUUAUCACGAUGCCUUUUGGGGCGCCAGCAACGAGGAAGAUAUGACUAGAGACCAUUUCCUGAGCUUUGCCUGGUGUGUUUUUGACAAACUAGUGCUGAUUAAAAGGGAUAAAGCGAGCAUUAGGAGGUCUUUGGAUCUGUCAUCACUGGAGAGAAAAUUCAGUAGUGCAAUAGAUAUAACUUAUGAAGAUUGACAUCUCCAGUCUUUUGGAUACUUUCCCAGUGAGCUGAGCUCCUCUAUCUUUAGCUAUGUAUUUUUCUUAUCAGUAUUGGGUUGUGAUUGUGAUUUAAAAUAAGUGUCGUCGACUAUGAUGACCAGAAUGUCUAUUCGUUUGCUGUAUUGUAUAAUUAUGAAGAAUAUGAGUGCUUUGUGAAAUAUGUUUCUUUUCUAAUAAAACUCCAGUCUGUUACUUUUAUUUUAA